ACCACCGCCAGUCUCUCCCAGGUUCCCAUCUAGAUCCCAGAUCUCAGAUAUAAUCGACGGCUUCUCGCCCUCCACGUCACUAACUCCAAUCCACUAUUUAAAUUCAGCUUUUUCUCACUCUCUCUCUUGUUCCAGACAAACAGAGAGCAAACAAACCCAACUAAAAAACACGAGAAAUUUGAUUGGUCGUCGGCUGCUCCGAGAUCCGACUCGCCGGACUGUCCACGCCGCAGAUCUAGAGACUCCGACGUCGACGGUAAAUAACCAAAAUCCCGCGCGGUAUAUUAAAUCGGAAGCGAAUCAGAUCGACGGCGGGGAUGGCGCCGAGCACGAUCCGGAAAGCAAUCGGAGCCGUCAAGGAUCAGACGAGCAUCGGCAUCGCCAAGGUCGCCAGCAACCUGGCCCCGGACCUCGAGGUCGCGAUCGUCAAAGCGACGUCGCACGAGGACGAGCCGGCCAGCGAGAAGCACGUCCGCGAGAUACUGAUGCUGACUUCGUCGUCCAGGGGUUACGUCCACGCGUGCGUGUCGGCGGUGUCGAAGCGUCUGGGGAAGACGCGCGACUGGAUCGUGGCGCUCAAGGCGUUGAUGCUGGUCCACCGCCUCCUGAACGAUGGCGACCCGGUGCUCGGGGACGAGAUCGUGUACGCGACUCGGAGGGGGACCCGCCUCCUGAACCUAUCGGAUUUCAGGGACGAGGCGCACUCGAGCUCGUGGGACCACUCUGCCUUUGUGAGGACUUAUGCUCUGUUCUUGGAUCAGAGGCUCGAGCUGAUGCUGUUCGAGAGGAAGAGCGGCGGCGGAGGCGGCGGUCUUGGUGCGGGAGAUCGACAGAGCUCUGGUGGUUCGUAUGGCGGGGCUUCGAAUUUCAGGUCUCCGCCGCCGAGAAAUUACGAGUAUGAGUACGGAGGAGAGCGAGAUCGCGAUUAUGAAAAUGGAGGAGGGAUGAGGAGGUCGAGGUCGUACGGCGAUAUGAAUGACUCGGUGAGUCGAAAUGGGCGAGAUGAGAAGAGAAUUGUGAGCGUGACCCCAUUGAGGGAGAUGAAGCCGGAGCGAAUUUUCGCGAAAAUGGGUCAUUUGCAGAGGCUGUUGGAUCGGUUCUUGGCGACGCGGCCCACCGGGUUGGCUAAGAGCAGUCGGUUGGUUCUGGUGGCGGUUUACCCGGUGGUGAAGGAGAGCUUUCAGCUGUAUGCUGACAUUUGUGAGGUUUUGGCGGUUUUGCUGGAUAAGUUUUUUGAUAUGGAGUAUCCGGAUUGCGUUAAGGCUUUUGAUGCUUAUGCAAGUGCGGCGAAGCAGAUUGAUGAGCUGGUUGGGUUCUAUGGUUGGUGUAAGGAUUUGGGUUUGGCGCGGUCGUCGGAGUAUCCGGAGGUGCAAAGGAUUGGGAGCAAGUUGCUGGAGACAUUGGAGGAGUUUGUGAGGGACAGGUCCAAGGGAACCAAGAGUCCGGAGAGGAAGGUGGAGCCUGCUCCUGUGGCUCCAGUUGAGGAGGAGCCCCAACCCGAUAUGAAUGAGAUUAAGGCUCUGCCCGCGCCGGAGAGUUUCACUCCACCGCCGCCACCUGAGGUUGUGGAGAAGGCGGAGGUGAAGCAGGAAGUGGUAGGGGAUUUGGUGGAUUUGAGGGAUAAUGGGGUUUCAGCUGAUGCACAGGGUAAUCAGUUGGCUUUGGCCCUGUUUGCCGGUCCUGGUGGUGGUGGAAGUGCUAAUGGAUCCUGGGAAGCUUUCCCAUCAGACGGGCAGCCCCAAGUCACCUCGGCUUGGCAGACUCCAGCUGCAGAACCCGGGAAGGCGGAUUGGGAACUGGCGUUGGUGGAAACAGCAAGUAAUUUAUCUAGGCAGAAGCAAAAUCUUGGUGGUGGGAUGGAUCCAUUGUUGUUGGACGGCAUGUAUGAUCAGGGCAUCGUGAGGCAGCAUGUGAGUACUGCCCAAUUGACUGGUGGUAGUGCCAGUAGUGUAGCAUUGCCUGGGCCGGGCAAGAGCGCAACACAGGUGUUAGCUCUUCCCGCCCCAGACGGGACGGUCCAGGCGGUGAAUCAGGACCCAUUCGCUGCAUCAUUAACCGUUCCGCCACCAUCCUAUGUGCAAAUGGCGGAUCUGGAGAAGAAGCAACAUUUGCUUAUGCAGGAGCAGCAGCUGUGGAAUCAGUAUGCCAAGGAAGGAAUGCAGGGGCAAGGCAGCUUACAGAAAAUCAGCGGGACCGGAUACUACGGAGCAGCUCCUAUGGCAAUGCAACCCUACGGAAUGCCUCCGGUGAAUGGAAUGGGGAUGCCGCCACCGGCCGGGUACUACUACGCUCCUUACUGAUUUUUGUGAUCCUCAUUUGCCUGCCUAUAAAAUGACUCCUCUUUGUUAAUUCUGUAUGCUAUUUUCUGGCUUUCUUUAAUAUCUUGCUUGAAUGUACUAAACCUGUUGUGCAUUGAUGGUGGGGGAGGAGUGGGACUGAAAUUAUGAGAUCAGUCAUUUGUUGGCGGGGACUUUGAAUGCUCGGAUAUACAUAAAAUCGAUUUGUGAUC